GAGUGUUUCUUUACUAUGAUUAGGAGGGGUGUUCGUACACGUGGUCAAACUCAUCGAGGUAGGCCGUCGACAAAUGUGUCUCCUAUUCGGAACAUAGCUGUGGAUGCAGGACCAUCAAGGAGUCCCCCGGUUCAGGGAGUCAAUCCUGGAGCUACUGCGGCCCCUCCUGGUACAACACCUACAGCUACCCCAACUACCUUGCCAAAUACACCACCAUUAGCUACACAAGCAGAUAUCAGUGGGAUCAGUACUGUUGUAGCUAAUCUAAUUCGACAACAACAAGGACAACAAGAUGUCACUACCCAGUCUUCAUAUUUCGAAAGGUUUAGGCGAGUGAACCCCCCUACCUUUAAUGGUGGCCCAGAUCCUACAGCAGCAGAGAGAUGGAUUAAGGAAUUGGAAAAAUUAUUUGAUGCAAUGCAAUACCCUAACGACGUCAAGGUAGCAGUAGCCGUUCCUUUAUUGCAAGGGAAUGCUGAGCAUUGGUGGGAGGUAGAAAGGGCUGCCCACCCUGAUGGUGUUAAUUGGCAAGAUUUCAAAAGGAUUUUCUUUGACAAUUUCUUCCCUGACAGUUUGAAGACAAUCAAGGAAAAUGAGUUUCUGGACUUAAGGCAAUGA